UGGUAAAUUUUUUUUAAAAAAAAUUGACUUGCUGAUCUAUUGGAUAUUUGGAUUCAAUAAUUUAAAUUAUUUAUUUUUUCUGAAUACGUGGGUUUUCCUAUAUAUAAUGAUUAUAGUAUUACCCAAGAUUGUUGUUUGGUAAUUUGAGAAUCUAAGAUCAACCCUUUUGCGAACUGCUAGCCAAGCGUUGUCUGCAACAAACUCGGAUUUCAGACACAAUGAUUUUCUGUACAUAAACUGACCUUUUUGAAAAAUUCUUCCUCUUUCGUCAAUGGAGAUCUUAUUAAAAUCCAUUAGAUAUCGCGGUUAUUAUUCACGAUAAGGCAUAUCAGUGAAUCACUGCUGUCGUUACUUAUUUUCUUGAUAACUUUUUCUUCAUUUUCAUGGGUCACCACUCUCACUCUCGCCACCACAGCCAUGACUCUAGUGAUGGUGUUUCUCAGAGAGUUAACAGCCCUCGUUUCUCGGGGCCCAUGACUCGCCGGGCUCAUUCUUUCAAGCGUAACAAUAAUAACGCCACCGCCGCUCAUACCACCACCACCAGUAACAAUCGCAAUACCCACAUCACCAACACCAAUAAUAGCACUAGUCAUGAGAUUGAUUUGCAAGUUAAUUCACCUAGAUCUGAAUCUCUUGAGGUGUUUGAGAGGCAGAGCCACCACCAAUAUGUGACCCAGAGAGUUCAUGGGGGAAUUGUCAAGAGUUUAUUCAAUAAGAAGGGCGAUUUUGGAUCUGCAGUGGUUGAUUUGGGCUUCAGGGAGAGGAAGAAGUUGGGGCACUGGAUGUUCUUUGUGUUUUGUGGGGUGUGUUUGUUUUUGGGUGCUCUUAAGAUUUGUGCAAAUGGGUGGUUUGGAUCUGCCCUUGAAAGUGUUGCCUCCAAUCAGGAUACUCUCGAUUCCACAACUCAACUGCAUCAAAACUCUCGAAGUUCUGAAAACUUUCACUCUUUCGAAUAUGGGAAGGGAAUGACUGAUACAGAGCGACAACUAAAGAUGGCAAAAUCAGGUGUAGUUGGUGAAUUCUCAGAUAUCUGGUCCAAACCCAACAGUGAGAAUUUCACUCAGUGCAUUGACCAGUCAAGAAGCCGCAAGAAGCUGGAUGAAAAGACAAAUGGUUACAUUCUCAUAAAUGCCAAUGGUGGCUUAAAUCAGAUGAGAUUUGGGAUUUGUGAUAUGGUUGCUGUGGCUAAGAUUAUGAAGGCAACACUUGUUCUUCCUUCUCUGGAUCAUUCCUCCUACUGGGCUGAUGAAAGUGACUUCAAGGAUCUGUUCAAUUGGCAACACUUCAUUGAAAUGUUGAAGAAUGAAAUCCACAUUGUUGAGUCGUUACCACCAUCCUAUGCUGGAAUUGGGCCUUUUACAAAAGCACCAAUAUCAUGGUCUAAGGUUAGUUAUUAUAAAACCGAAGUCCUGCCACUGUUGAAGAAGCACAAAAUAAUCUAUUUUACUCACACUGAUUCUCGUCUUGCCAACAAUGGUCUCCCAGAUUCCAUACAAAAGCUGAGAUGUCGUGUCAAUUACAGGGCAUUGAAGUAUUCUGAGCCAAUAGAAGAACUGGGAAACAUCUUGGUCUCCAGAAUGAGAGAAAAUGAAAACCCUUAUAUUGCUCUCCAUUUAAGGUAUGAGAAGGAUAUGCUUGCAUUUACAGGCUGCAGUCAUAAUUUGACAAUAGAAGAAGAUGAAGAGCUACACCUGAUGCGUUAUGAAGUCAGCCAUUGGAAGGAGAAAGAAAUAAAUGGAACAGAAAGAAGGUUGCUUGGUGGUUGUCCGUUGACUCCAAGGGAGACUUCUCUUUUGCUCAAGGGGCUGGGUUUCCCAUCUAACACCAGGAUUUACUUGGUAGCUGGUGAAGCUUAUGGAAAAGGAAGCAUGCAGUAUCUUCUGGAUGACUUCCCUAACAUAUUCUCACAUUCCACUCUUGCCACAGAGGAAGAACUGAAUCCUUUCAAGAAUCAUCAGAACAUGUUGGCUGGUUUAGACUAUGUUGUUGCACUUCAAAGUGAUGUAUUUAUUUAUACAUAUGAUGGAAAUAUGGCAAAGGCAGUUCAAGGUCACAGGCGAUUUGAGGACUUUAAGAAGACUAUUUGUCCAGACAAGAUGAAUUUUGUGAAACUUGUGGAUGAAUUGGAUGAAGGAAAGCUAUCUUGGGAGACAUUCAGUUCCAAAGUGAAAGAGUUUCACAAAGAUCGAAUUGGAGCUCCAUAUCUACGGGAGCCUGGAGAGUUUCCAAAGCUGGAGGAAAGUUUUUAUGCAAAUCCUCUUCCAGGAUGUAUUUGUGAAACAAGAAAAGUAGAGUAUAAGUAGGCAGGUUUUCUCAUAUUAUUUCAUGGUGUAAGCUCAACUGCUUGCAUAAAAGGGCAUGAUCCAUUUGUUCCAGGCUUAUAAUCAAGAAAGUGGAAAUCUCGAUUAUCCAUAUUAAGUGGGAAUUGGUUUGCUGGUUGAAGAUGCUUCUGCAUGCAGGGAGAAAAAUCCUCUGGGAGGACACAACCAAUUCAAUGAGGUCAUUCUUGCAGCUUACUAUACUGGUUACUGCAGACAGGAUUUAUACACCAUUGUGAAGAGCAUCAUAAUUGACGGUGGAUGCUCAUGCCAAUGUUUUGUAUUUAACUACACUCAAAGAUACAAUUCGGGGUUUUUUGGUGGAAAAGGAAGGUUGAGAACUUGAGGUGCUUACUCUUUCAGUUGGAUAUCAAUAAUACGAAAGUAUAAUUUUAAAGACAAA